UUCCUUCCGUUGUCUCGGUUGUCUCCAGCUUGACUCCUGAGCUCAGUGUGAGCAGCAUCCAGCCUCGGAGCUCCGCUCAGAGAAACAGCCACACUUCCUCUCUCUUCUCUCUCAGCGGCUGUUUCUUUAAAAACGCUUCAACUCCAGCUGGAGCCGCUUUUCCUCUUUCCGUCUCUGCGGAACAAACGGACUUUUAUUGGCUGAACAGUUCAUCUCAUGACCAGUUCAUCUGCUGCAGCUGAACAAUGAGCUGAAUCUCAUCAUGGAUCAGAACCGCCUCAUCUAACUCAGAGGUUCUCCCAGUUCAGUUCAUCACAGAAUGAUUCAAGCGGUUCUGAAGUCCUGGUUAGAUCUGUUUCCAUGGAAACCUUCAGAUUGUUUUCUCUGGUUUGGUCUCUUUGUUUCCUUUAGAUCCUGCAGAAUCAGCAGCACCAAGCUGAGUUUUCCUCCUGUGCAGCUUGUGCUCCAUCAGGCGCUUUUUGCUCCUGGUUCUGUUGCUGUUCUUUCUGGACCGGAUCUAGAAGGGAACCUGGAACCAGUUGGACUUUCUGCAGAUGAUGUGGUUCUGUUUGUGUUCAGACUGUGACCCUCAUGUGGCCUGAAGUGGUUCCAGGCCAAAGUGAAGCUGUUUGCUGAGGUUCAGCUCAGGGUUCAGAACCUUGUGGACCGCUGCCUCCAGGUCGGGAUGGAUCUCAGACUCCAGCUGAGACGUUCAGACAUCUGGAUGUUUGGUUGAUAAAUGACAGGCAGGAUGGAGCUGCAGAAGAUCAGAGGCCUUUUAAAGAAACCUCAUCUGGAAAACCAUCAGCAUGAAAUGAAACUGAGAGCUGAAGAAGCUGAAGGGUCUCGGGCUGAAACCCGUUUCUCAGCUGCUGGUCCGGUUUGAACCAUGGAGACCCUCAGGUGUUCAGAGACCGGCUCCCUCACACUUUGCAGAACCAGAACUGAACAGUUUCUAUGUUCUUAUUGGAAAACAUGGAGAAAUGAUAAAGCUGAAACGGGGCGGAGCUUCCAGCAGCGUUUGAUGGAUGAUUGGAUGAAUUACAGCUGGUCUUUUGGGGGCGGGGCCUGUGGUUCUGACCCGUUAGCUUGUAACGUGUACACAUCAGAAGGUGAGCUCCUCCUCCUCCUCACCUGUAUCAAGCUGAUCACCUGCAGCGCCUCCAUUGUGUGACGCAGACAUCUCAGCAGCAGAUCCAACUUACUGAGGUCCAGAAGAUGGAAGAUUUGGACCUAAAGGAGAACAGAGCAGAACCUUCAGGAUCCGUCUGUCCCUCUAUGAGGAGUGACCGGUCCAAGGGAAACCCUCCAUUUUUCAGUACUGAACCAGAACCAUCAGACAGGAAAGAUCAGAACCUCAGACUGAGAGCAAAACCUCCAGGAUCCAUCUGUCCUUCUAUGAGGAGUGACCGGUCCAAGGGAAACCCUCCAUUUUUCAGUACUGACCCAGAACCAUCAGACCCAGAAGGGAGGAAGAGGAGCAGCGUUGGUGAGGAGGAGCAGCCGUCCUGCUGUGCUUUGUGUCAGAAGGUUCUGAUGGAUCCGGUCUCUACCAGCUGUGGUCACUGGUUCUGCAGACAGUGCAUCAGGUUCUACUGGGACCAGUCUGGACCCUCCUCCUGCCCCCAGUGUGGGAAAAGACCCAGAACAGGAGCUGGACUGCUGACAGCCAAUCAGAGCAGCUGUGCUCCAGCAGAUGUUGUUUUACAGCAGGUUCUAAAGGAACAUAAGAUCAGUCUGAGGAGGAGAUGUGAAUGUGUGACUGAAGGAAGUGAUGUAACAGGAAGUAGAACCCUCCUCAACAGGAUCUACACUGAUCUCUACAUCACAGAGGGACAAAGUGAAGAGGUUAAUACCCAACAUGAGGUGAAGCAGCUGGAGAGAGCUUCCAAGAUCCAGAACCUCCAUGACUCUCCAAUCAGGUGCCAUGACAUCUUUAAAUCCUUCCCUGACCAACAUGGAGCCAUCAGAGUGGUUCUGACUAAUGGCGUCGCUGGUGUUGGAAAAACCUUCUCAGUUCAGAAGUUCACUCUGGACUGGGCAGAGGGCUUGGAGAACCAAGAUGUCAGUGUGGUGGUUCUGCUUUCAUUCAGAGAGCUGAACUUGAUCAGAGAUGAGCAGCACAGUCUUCUCACGCUGCUCCAUGUUUUCCAUCCAACACUCCAGAAGCUCCCAGCAGAGCAGCUGGCUGUCUGCAAACUUCUCUUCAUCUUUGAUGGCCUGGAUGAAAGCAGACUUUCACUGGACUUCAACAACAGUCAGCUGGUUUCUGACGUCACACAGAAGUCAUCAGUCAACGUUCUGCUGACAAACCUCAUCAAGGGGAACCUGCUUCCGUCAGCUCUCAUCUGGAUAACUACCAGACCUGCAGCAGCCAAUCAGAUCCCUCCUUCAUGUACUUCCAGGGUAACAGAAGUACGAGGCUUCACUGACGCCCAGAAGGAGGAGUACUUCAGGAAGAGGUUCAGUGAUGAAGAGCUGUCCAGCAGAAUCAUCUCCCACAUCAAAACCUCCAGGAGCCUCCACAUCAUGUGUGGAAUCCCCGUCUUCUGCUGGAUCACUGCUACAGUUCUGGAGAACAUGUUGACCUCAGAGCAGAGAGGAGAGCUGCCCACGACCAUGACCGACAUGUACUCACAUUUCCUGCUGGUCCAGACAAAGAGGAAGAAGAACAAGUACCAUGGAGGACAUGAGACAAGUCCACAGGAGAUGAUAGAGGCUGACAGAGAAGUUCUUCUGAAGCUGGGGAGGCUGGCGUUUGAACAUCUGGAGAAAGGAAACAUCAUGUUCUACCAAGAAGACCUGGAGCAGUGUGGUCUGGAUGUCACAGAGGCCUCAGUGUACUCAGGAGUUUGUACAGAGAUCUUCAAAAGAGAGAGUGUGAUCUUCCAGAAACCAGUCUACUGCUUUGUCCACCUGAGCAUUCAGGAGUUUCUGGCUGCCGUCUACAUGUUCCACUGUUUCACCACAAGGAAUACAGAGGUAGUGAAGAAGUUCUUGGAAAAAAAAUUCAGUGAAACAUCUCUGGAGAGCAUCAUGAAAAAAGUCCUAGAGAAAUCCUUCUUCAGUAAAAAUGGCCACCUGGACCUGUUUGUUCGUUUCCUUCAUGGCCUCACUCUGGAGUCCAACCAGAGACUGUUAGGAGGCCUUCUGGGUCAGACAGAGGACAGUCCAAGAACCAUCCAGAGAAUCAUCAACAAUUUGAAGCAGAUGAGCGCUGAUAGAAUCUCUCCUGACAGAAUCAUCAACAUCUUCCACUGCCUGGUGGAGAUGAACGACCUCUCAGUUUUUCAGGAGAUUGAACAAUUCUUGAAAUCAGGGAAGAAGCUCUCAGAGAUCCAGUGUUCAGCUCUGGCCUUCAUGCUGCAGAUGUCAGAGGUUCUGGAUGAGUUGGACCUGGAGAAGUACAACACAUCAGAAUCGGGACGACUGAGACUGGUUCCAGCUGUGAGGAACUACAGAAAGGCUCGACUUGGUGGCUGUGAACUCAAACAGGCUGAAUUUGAAGUUGUUGCUUCAGCUCUGAAGUCCAACCAACAUCUGACUGAACUGGAAAUAAGUCAGAUCCACAUAGAUGGAACCAGUACAGACUCUGGGCUGAAUCAUGUGUGUGAGAUCCUGGAGAGUUCAGUCAGUAAAGUAAAGAGUCUGAGAUUGGAGUACUGCAGUUUGUCAGAGGUCAGCUGUUCUUCUCUGGUCUCAGCUCUGAAGUCCAACCCCUCCCAUCUGACUGAACUGGACCUGAGAGGAAACAACCUGAAAGAUUCUGGAGUGAAGGAGAUCUGUGGUUUUCUACAGAAUCCUGAAUGCAGAAUACAACAAUUAAUAUUGAUGAACAGCUGGUUGUCAGAGAUCAGCUGUUCUUCUCUGGUCUCAGCUUUUAAGUCCAAUCCCUCCCAUCUGACUGAACUGGACCUGAGCUACAACAAGAACCUGAAAGAUUCUGGAGUGAAGGAGCUCUGUGGUUUUCUACAGAAUCCUGAAUGCAGAAUACAACGAUUAUCAUUGAGGUACUGCAGUUUGUCAGAGAUCAGCUGUUCUUCUCUGGUCUCAGCUCUGAAGUCCAACCCCUCCCAUCUGACUCAACUGGACCUGAGAGGAAACAACCUGAAAGAUUCUGGAGUGAAGGAGCUCUGUGGUUUUCUACAGAAUCCAGAAUGCAGAAUACAACAAUUAAUAUUGGAGGACGGCAGGUUGUCAGAGAUCAGCUGUUCUUCUCUGGUCUCAGCUCUGAUGUCCAACCUCCAUCUGACUGAACUGGACCUGAGAGGAAACAACCUGAAAGAUUCUGAUGUUCAGCAGCUGAAGCUUUUUGUAAAGGAUGUUCAGUUUUGAUGAUUAACUUUAGAAAGAAGAGAAUCGUCUCUGUGUCCUGGUGAUCUUCAUAUAUUACUUCUUUUUCCUUUGAUUUGUUUUCAACCUGUAACCAAGAAAUAUGAAAUAAAGUUCAAUUCAACAGUU